CUUCAGCCUCAAACAAGUCGAGUCGAGUUGAUGAUGCCGAUAAUGGUUAUUAUUAUGAAGACGAUAAAAAAGGACAUUGGCCAGCAGUGGAACACCAGCAGCAACUGGGAACGGAGUGAAUGAACAUCUUUAAAAGUUUUUUUGUUUUCCCACCACGCACUCCAACCUCCGCUCGAAGUCCAACGACGAAAUACAACUACCUUCAUACAUACAUUGCCGAGAAAAUGGGCAAAAUAAGAGGAAAUUCUGCUCCGGGACCAUCAUGCCAACUUCGAGCAGCGGCAAAAACAAUAACUUAGAUUCAACACCCACGCACGUGAGGAUCCGGAUCCGAUGAAAUAAGUAAGCCCCGAGAGCAUUUUACUUGAUGGUGGCCAGGCCACUUAGUAGGUGCCCACUAUACACUUGGUGGAAGCGAGAUUUUACCCCGAAAGUCCCACGCACAAACUUUUUUUUUAUUGUUUGUGCUUCUCUCUCAAGCGAAUCUCGAACAUCGUCGUCAAUAUUUCCGUCACGUGAGGCGAGGUCCUUGCUUGCCAACUCCUUGGAGGCCAGCCUGCCUUGGAGGUAAGCUGACAGUCCCGCAGGGAGGGCAAAAGAAAAACCAAACCCACCCACCCACAAAACGGAGGAGGAGGACAUUCCUUUGCUUGGUGCCCCUGUUAGUGACAGCUCUUAUUAUUGACAUUAGUAUUAUUACUAUUAUCAUCUUCAUAAGACUCGGAAUCCCAUCAGAAACAGCCAGUACCAUGGGCAGCUUACCGAAUCUGAGCGAGCUUUCAACGGAACGCCUCGAGCGUCGCCUAGAGGAAAGGGAACGAAUUUUGGCCCGGGAGCGUAUCAUCGAGCGGGAUUUUGCCCGCGACAGCCGGGAACGACCGGUCUUCGUCCAUCAGCAACAGAUUGCCGCAGCCCGGGCGUUUUUCCAGCAAAAAUGUCCCCCAUCAUCACGGAAGGUGAUGCGAACGCGGAGUUCUGGUCAAGCGCACCACAUUUGGGACGAUCCUAUGAUAGAGCAAUACAUCACCAACUAUUCACCUGCCUCAUCGCGGAGUCAUCGCCUAGCGGUGGCACCCCCACUAGCCGCCGUUGGAGGAUAUCCCUUCCAGAGUUCCACUUUGGGUUACCGUCGACGUGAUUCAGUAAACAGUUCCAUUGGGGCAACCUCGGUGCGUCGAUUGCUCACGGUCAACAACCGGAGCUACGGAUGCCGACAUAAGAUUCCGACCCACGUGCGGACCAAAGUGACCAAAAACUUCAUCCUGCUAACCGUGGCUCAUGGGUUGAUGUGUGGAGCACUGAUUCCGCUAAUGGGCUUGCAAGGGUCAAACUCGACCUGGUUCCAGCAGGAAUCUUGGCUAGCGAUGGGACCGGAUGUGGGUUCGGGAUUGUUGAGUUUGUGCUGCCUAGUGACGGCCUUCAUGUGUUUGGCGACCACAAGGAUACUGCGAAGAUUCGGAUAUUCGAUUGUGUUGGCCGCAGUUUACGGGGGUCUGUGUGUGUUUUUGGCUACGCACAUCUAUCCGGUGCUCAUUUCGUUGAUUCCCGGCUAUUUGGUUCUAGGAUUAGUAUUGGGGCCUUCCGUGAUCUGUAAGCACAUUCUGGUGGUAUCAAUGGCGGGGAAGUUGAGCUGUUCUCAACCGGAGUGUGGGGGAAACAGUAUGGCAGGGGUUAGUGCCGAUAGUUAUGACGAUCAUAAAUUGCUGUGCAGCAAAGAAGAAAGUAUCAGGAAGUUGAGCCGUUGGUUCCGAGCGGCCGGUGAUUUCGGAAUAAUUGUGGGAACUGUGAUUGCAGCGUUUGUGUUAAGUUGUGGAUCUUCGUCUCGGCUGGGAUGUUACUACAUAUCGACGAUGUCAUCGGUGAAUGCUAGUGGAACAAUGAUCACCCAAAUAAACAGUAGUUUUCCAUCGGCCGGAAACGUAGGCUUCAAUCAACUGCCGGAAGUCCGAACGACGACGACUUCCAGUCCGCAGGUUCCUAGCACAACAGUACGAAUGGAGAAAAUGACGGAAUUGCAAUCGUCAGUCAAGAUGAGUACACCGAGUAUGCCUACACUUAAGGAAACCCUAUUCGUUCUGUACAACUUCCGCAUGGGACACCAUGGGGUGCCGGGUAGCAAGGAGGAGGAGGAAAACUUCCAGCUGGACCGGUUUCCCUACAGCACCUUCGAAACCGAUGACCACGGGGAGCGAAUCUGCGGUUCGUACCUGUGCCCCGUUUGGGACCGGAACAUUCCCAUCAACAACAGUGCCCUGAACACCCUGACGCUGCAGGCCUACAGUGGAACAACUCCGCUCAUGGGGAUUUAUUUAAUAUUCGGAGUUAUUGCCCUGACCAUUACCGGAUUUACCAUCGAUCUGGACAACAACGUCAAAUUCGAUUCCAUUCGCAAGAUGUCCGAUACGCUGCUUUUCGCCGGACCGAUGGCGUAUUUUAUCGGAACCGAGCAGGGCUACAUGUUGGCCGAUUUUAUGAAGGCUUUCGUGUCCUGCGAGUUGGGACCAAACAGCGUUGCCGGUGCUAUGAUCGGUAUGGGAGUGAUGCAGCUCAUUAGUGCGUGUACUUUAAGCAUGCUUCUUCGACACACGAAACGAGUUGUCGUUAUAGUGGCCGGUUGCAUCUUCCAUACCUGUCUGCUGCUGGUGCUGCUCCGUUGGAAACCCUCCCGGGACGACAGUGCGGUCCUCUACGUGAUCCCAGCAGCCUGGGGUGUCUGCAACGCCGUCUGGGAAACCCUUACGACGGCCCUGGUUACCCUAUCGCACAGCGCCAAGGUGGCCGAAUUGAUGUCCCCGCUGCAGGCUCUCCGCUUCCUAGGGCUCGGCAUCACGUUUGCCUUCCACGGGUUGCUCUGUGAGGCUCCCAAAAUUAUCAUUCUGGCCAUCUUGCUGGUCAUUUCGGUCGUUCCCUACACGAUGCUGGAGCUGAAGCUGGAAGGCCAACGGAAAAGUGCCAAGCUUAGCUUGUGACGUUUCUGUGCCCACGAUUACUAAUACCUGGUCAAAAGAAAAUACUUUUAAAAUGAUCUCGUUCCGGGCUCGAGGUAUUUUAAAGAUAUUUGACGGUGAUUGGUAAUUGUGAGCUGCGGUGAUGUUGGGAAGAGCUAAAAUGUCUUGACUCAAAGAUUGAGGUUGAAUACGUCGUUUAGAAACCAGCAAGUUAACAGGAAAUAUUACGAAAAAAUAUGCUGUGGACAUUUGUGUUUGGUCCAUAUGCAGUCUUCUGUGUAAUAAAAAUUGUGUCGGCAAAAGAAUAAUUCAAUUAUACCUUUUGUGUAGUUGUUCAAGUUAAAAUUUUCAAUCUAGAGUAUAGAAAAAAAAAACAAUUUAAUUGUCAUACCUCUGUCUUCAACUACUUAAAGUAAAAAUGUGUCAAAAAUAUAGAGCUCAAGAAAGAUUUCCUUUUAAUUUCAAUUUUUAAAAAAAUGUCUUCUUUUAGAUAAAUAAUUUCAGUUUUCUAAUUAAAAUUGAAAAACUAAUCCUAAACAAUUUUUUUAAACUUUUUUCAUUAUCAGUUUUGUGUUAGAAUGUGAGGCCUCGUGGCUGAUUUUUUUUUACUUCUGUGUAAAUGUUUAUACUAUGUUUAAGUUAUCGAUUGAGUGCUUAUCAUACACUCAGAAAAAUACUAUUAUAUAUACAAUAAGAUUCUCUUAUGAAGUGGCGCCAUAAGAAAAAUCUAUGAAAUUCAUAAGAUUGUCUUAUGAAGCGAAUGAAUUCUUCAGAUGAACACCUGCUUCAAUGAGAGGUUGUUGCUUUUCAUAAGAGGGUCUUAUGGAAACAGAAAAUUUUACGUUUGAAGAGAAAAUAUCAAGAUAAUUGAUGUUAAAAACAAUCAGUUUAUUUUCGUGGGUAAUUUGUUGUUUGUUUACAAUAACAUCAUGAUCACCAUAAGCAGCACAUCAAAGCACGGUUCCAACAGUCAUUCUGCCGCACCCGGUCCAUUGAACUUAUCCUUUUCGCCGGUCGACAUGCUGAAAAGUAAACAUAAAAAUAUGUGUUUACGUUAACAAAUAAUUUGAAUGUUCACAAAAAAUAAACUUACCAUGUAGAAUAACAAAAUCACUUUCAACUUUGAAAAAAAACUGAUGGCUCCACAACUGGUUAGUGCUUGGUACAACGACGAGAAAAUGACUGAUGUAAUGAAUGUGUUCAUUAUUUUUUCACAAUGCCGCUUCUUCUAUUUUUCAUAAGAACAUCGUAUGAAUAUUGAAAGAAUUUCAUAAGACUCUUAUGAAGAAUUAGUUUCGACGCAAAAAAGUGGUUCAUAAGAUGUAUCUUAUGAAAUUUAUAAUAAGAUUUCCUCUGAGUGUACUGUUGGCCAAGUGUAUAUUAUGCGAUCUAAGCUAAUAAUAUGUGCUAUGAUAGAAGAAAUGAAGUUGCCAAACGAAACGAAAAUAAAUACCUUAGAGACAACAAUCAAACUUCAGCCAAGUACUUGAAUAACUAUAGAAAAGUAUUGAGAUUCUAGUGUCUCUCAACUCAGCUAAGUAGAAUCCAAUAGACUCAAAAUCACCAAAUGCCAAAAAUUAAACAAAAAUCACAAAGUUUAAACUUAAAGAUAAUAAAAAAAACUGAAUCGCUACGUGCCAAGAUGCCUAAAGACUAAAUAAGAAAGUAGAAACGAAUACAAGAUUUGAUGUAGCACAUUUAACUUGUACUUUAACAAAAAAAAUUAAAAAGAUUGAGAAUACAGAUAAGAAAAGGUAUUGCUAUCUGCACUGGAAUAAUGACUUUAAUCGUAUAAAAAUGUGUUGUAUUUAUCUAAAUUUGGCCCCAAUGUUUAAUUUAAAUGGGUUAAAAACCACGUCACAGUGUUGAGCUUAGUUCGAAGCUUAUGGAUGUUGACUGACCUUUUCUGGUGUCGUUUCCGGUAUCCUUUUACAAAAUUUAUGUAUAUCUGUAUACUGUUUGUGUUUGAAAAUGUAAACCGCGGAAAACAGAAGCCUAAAAUAUUGAAAUAGCUCAAUGCUGCACAUAGAACGUAAAGUUAGACAAAAAAAAAUGCACUCACCUUUCCGAUAGGUGUGCUCUAUUUUUAUCAGAAGAAAUCUAAAUUUCUAUACGAAGAAUCUUUUCCCGGAAACCAGAAACUAAUUGUAGACUGCAUGAUAGUAUUAACUAACUUGUAGAAACUAACUUUUCGCAUAGAAUCUGUGUCUGUAUCUGAAAUCUUGCUAUGGAGGGUAAAUAAAGUGAAG